UUGAGCCGGCUCGGACUCGGGGUCGCUUGUGGCGGGGCUCCGAGGCAGCGGAUUCUCUCCGCCUGAGCCCAGGCCCGCAGUCAUUGACUGUGACGGGCAGCGCGGCGUUCCCUCGGUCCCCGUGACGGUGACACUGAACCCCCAGCCCGCGCGCGACCUCGCCGCUGUGUGCAGCAGAGCCCGCGACCCGCAGCGCAAGGGCGGAGGUCGUGUCUGGGCCCGGGCAGGCACGGCCUGCAAGCAGCUAGGCAGCUUGGCAAUUAGUUUGCGGACUUUACGGAGGCGUAAAAUAGGCGAAGUCGGCACGUGCGUGAACCUCAACUGUGCAGCGCAAUUAGCCUGGCGGACUCCUGAGAGCCUCGACCACACUCUCACAUCAUCCUCCGCUCCACCCAGUCUGCCUUCAGCUAAAAGUCUCCACUCACAUCAUGGAUUUUAGAGACCAGAUUACUGCAUUCCAGAGAUCAUGGUAACAGUAUAGGAAGUAUGCUGAAUUUCUCAUUUCUGCAAGUGGCCAUGACUAUUGAAGAAAGAAAUUUUUUUAGCUACAGCAAAAUCACUUUUGGUCCCUUUUAUGGAAAUACGAAUUUUCUUUCUAAGUCUCAAUAGCUUUUUGCUAAAGGUAUGAACACACAAAGAGCUUAUCUGGUUAGGCAGAUGCACCUUGCUGAGAAUGUCUAGAAGAGGCUCUGCUCUCCCUGCCCGUGUCCACUGGCUGCUGCUGGGUCUGGCUCUGCUCUGCAGCCUGGUGUUGUUCCUGUACCUUCUGGAAUGUGCCCCUCAGACCGAUGGAAAUGCAUCUCUUCCCGGGGUUGUUGGGGAAAAUUAUGGUAGAGAGUAUUAUCAGGCCCUCUUACAGGAGCAGGAGGAACAUUAUCAAACCAGGGCAGCCAGUCUGAAACGCCAGAUUGCCCAACUAAAGCAAGAAUUACAAGAAAUGAAUGAGAAGAUGAGGUCACUGCAGGAGAGAAGGAACAUAGGCGCUAAUGGCAUAGGCUACCACAGUAACGGCGAGCAGGCCCCAGGUGACCUCUUAGAGUUCCUUCACUCCCAGAUCGACAAGGCUGAAGUCAGCGUAGGAGCCAAGCUGCCCAGUGAGUACGGGGUUGUCCCUUUUGAGAGCUUUACCUUAAUGAAAGUUUUUCAGUUGGAAAUGGGUCUCACCCGCCAUCCUGAAGAAAAGCCGGUUAGAAAAGACAAACGAGAUGAAUUGGUAGAAGUUAUUGAAGCUGGAUUGGAGGUCCUUAAUAAUCCUGAUGAAGAGGAUGAACAGGAAGAUGAGGAGGGUCCCCUUGGAGAGAAACUUAUAUUUAAUGAAAAUGACUUCAUAGAAGGUUACUAUCGCACCGAGAGAGAUAAGGGCACUCAGUAUGAGCUCUUUUUCAAGAAGGCUGACGUGAUGGAGUACAGACAUGUGACUCUCUUCCGCCCUUUUGGGCCUCUCAUGAAGGUGAAGAGCGACGUGGUUGACAUCAGCAGGGCCAUCAUCAACAUCAUCAUGCCACUUGCCCAAAGAACAGAAGCGUUCACACAGUUCAUGCAGAACUUCAGGGAUGUUUGUAUUCAUCAGGACAAGAGGAUCCAUCUUACGGUGGUGUACUUUGGUAAAGAAGGACUAUCUGAAGUCAAAUCUAUCCUAGAAUCUGUCACAAGUGAGUCUAAUUUUCACAAUUACACCUUGGUCUCAUUGAAUGAAGAAUUUAAUCGUGGACGAGGACUAAAUGUGGGUGCCAGAGCUUGGGACAAGGGAGAGGUCUUGAUGUUUUUCUGUGAUGUUGAUAUAUAUUUCUCAGCCGAAUUCCUUAACAGCUGCCGGUUAAAUGCUGAGCCAGGUAGAAAGGUGUUUUACCCUGUGGUGUUCAGCCUUUACAACCCUGCCAUCGUUUAUGCCAACCAGGAUGCCCCACCCCCCGUGGAGCAGCAGCUGGUUCAUAAAAAAGAUUCUGGGUUUUGGCGAGAUUUUGGCUUUGGAAUGACUUGUCAGUAUCGAUCAGAUUUUCUAACUAUUGGUGGGUUCGACAUGGAAGUGAAAGGCUGGGGUGGAGAAGACGUUCACCUGUAUCGGAAGUACUUACACAGUGACCUGAUUGUGGCCCGAACGCCGGUUCCUGGUCUUUUCCACCUCUGGCAUGAGAAGCACUGUGCAGAUGAGCUGACACCAGAGCAGUACCGCAUGUGCAUCCAGUCCAAGGCCAUGAGUGAGGCCUCACACUCCCACCUGGGCAUGAUGGUCUUCCGGGAGGAGAUCGAGAUGCACCUUCACAAGCAGGCCUACCGGACAAACAGUGAGGCUGCUGGGUAGCACUCAAAGCACAUCACACAGCAGUCUGACCACAAGCCAGCACUGUGGGUUUAGCCUUAAUUCCUCUUUCAGAUCCCAUGCCUGUCCUGGAGAAGACAUGUUUCUCGUAUUCUUUCUGAUAUUGUCUGUGCUGUUCACCAUGUUACAGGAAGAAAAAAAUGGGUGUUUCAGUGCAAAGCCUGCUCUGUGAUGUACAGUGCUGCGGAGCAGUCAACAAAGGAAAUUAAUGUUUGCCCUAGAAGCAGCCUCAGGUCUCUUCGUACCUGGGGCUUGUGUUGCAAUCUCAGGAUUAUGUAGCGUGGUUGCAUCAGGUGGGGGUGGGUGUGCAGGUUGCUCCACCUGCUCACCAGCAUGUCAGUUAUCCUGCUUCCUUUUUAAACCACAGCUUUGGUAGAUAGCAUGAAGAAGAAUCUUUUUCACUGAAGCAGUGGGUAAUGAAAUGCUGCAUCUGAAAUCUCACCCAGUUGACAAGAUAGAAAUAAAGCUCCAUGACCUACUGUUGUUUAGCUCCCAGAGGUCUGUUCCUAAGCAAAUGGGUAAAAAGUACAAAAUAGAUUAGAAUAUAAAGUAUAUAUCACCUUGUUCUUGAUUAGUAGUCCGAGUUGCUGUUAGCUACUUUGAAUGAACAGAAGUAAAUAUGGAAAUAUUUUUAAAAGAGCACUUGAUAUGUUGAUGUGCAGGCUACCAGCUGUGUCCAGAGCAGAAGUUUCUAUGAGCCAGAUAGAUACAUGGGGCCUUCCUGAGAAGGUGCAGACCCAGCACACCAGCAGGGUUUGGUCUCUGCUUUGCCUUUCCUCAUUUAGCAUGGAUUCAUUUAUAUUUACUAUCCUUCAUUUUCUAAUACACUAAUAUUUGCUACAUCUGUAUUUGCAUUAUUAUAAUACUUUGAGUAGAAAGAGCAUUUCACUGAGGGAGAAAAACAAAUGAGGUAUAAGAUCAGUCUGAUGUGAGAGAAAGGAAGGCAGUCUAACAGAAGUGAGAAUGGUGGCUUCAGAGAAAUAUUUUCCCUGCAAACAGGAUGUUUUAAUUUACGUACUACAUCAGUGUGACAAGAUGAAUAAGAAAUUAUGUUCAGAUAGGACUUUAUUACAUUAUUUAUCACACAUGGGAUUUUUAGCUUUUGGCCAAUUGCUCAAUCCAGCAAUUGGGAAAAAAGGUGAAAGGUAUGCAUAAGCUUUUAUAACCUUUACCUUUUAAAAGUGACCUGCUAUUUGUAUAUAAACCCCUCAAAAUUCACAGGAGAAUAAUUAUUUCUUUUUGCUCAGUAAAUCAUAUUGCCUGAAAUGUUACAAAUUCCAAGUUUCUAGGUGCUACAUGAAUCCACUUUUAUAAUAAUUAUUGUUACAAAUUUUAAGUUUGGGGAGUAUGUCUGAAGAUGUAUGAGAGUUCUCUCCAAAGUAUUACAGGUCAUUGUCUCCUUUUGUAUGCAGCUAUUUAUUAUGAAGACCAGUGAAUUACAGUAUUAAAAUGAAAGAAUAAUUAUUUGCAGCGGUAAGUUGCCACUUGCCUUUAUGGGAGAAUCAAAUGAUUUUUUUCUUUACUCCUAUUUUUUUAAAGUAGCUUAUAAUCUAAAGAUGGAAGUUAGCAGUGGAACUAUUUACUGUGUUUUUGACAUUAAAUGGUACUAAUAAAGUAUUUUAUUACCAAAAGUUAAAUGAAAACAUGGUAAAUUAAUUUCUGUUAUGCCAUUAUGUACUUGAAGAAUAAUAAAGCAAAUGCCAGUACACCACCACCCAGGUGAAGAUACAGGCUUCCCAGUGCCAGCCCCUGCGCACCCUUCUGGACCACAUAGCUCACCCUCUCCAUGGUAGUUGGCUUGUGUGAUGUUUCCAUUUGUCUCCUCUUCAUAUUUUUCCCCACUACUUAUGUACCUGUUUAAUAUACUGUUUAAUUUUGCCUGUUUUUGAGUUUAUAUGCAUCAUUUCAUUAUAGUUCUCUCUCAGUAUUAAGGUUUUGGGGUUCAUUCAUUGUUAAUCUCAAAGUUGGUUCCCUUUAUUAAUGUUAGUCCAGUAGUAUUCUAUUAUGAAUAUACUGUGGUACUUUAAAAUUCUAUUUUAUUGAUAAAUACCUGCGGUGUUUCCAGUUCUUUGUUAUCCUGUCGUCUGUGCUGUGCAUUUGCUGUCACAAGAGUGUGACCAGAAGCCACCUGCACUUCUCCAGGAGUGGGAGCAACCACGAGGCUCUCACCUUUCAGCCUUGGCAGUACCCAGUUUCAUCAGACCUGUUGAUUCCUGUCAAUUGAGGGAGCUAUAGAGAUUAAUUAUGGUUAUAAUUUGCAUUUCCAAUCUUUCUGCCCAUUUU